AUGAACUCAUCCAAUAUCUCACCUGUAACCAACAACCAAAACACCUCGUCCUAUGUAGCUGCAGCAAAGGCAACCCCAAAACCUAAUUUUCCGAAGAAAGAACAAGCAACACUGUUCCAUUGUGAAGAGUCUUUGAAACUUUUCGAUUAUGUAAAAGCUAUAGGCAAAAUCAUCGGCCCCAAAAAUAUCUGCUUCGCAUCUAGAAUUUCUAAUAAUAGAAUUUGCAUAUACCUGAGCAAAAUCGAAUAUGUAGACCAAUUAAUGGAAAAUAAUAGAAUCAUUAAAGUCGAAGAAUACGACCUUGCUAUCCGAAGACUCGUCACACCAGCCAAAAGAGUGAUAAUAUCCAAUGUUUGCCCGUCUAUACCUCACAAUCUCAUAGAAGAAGCCUUAAAAAGCAUGGAGCUCCAGUUGGUAUCUCCUAUAACAUUCCUGAGAGCUGGUAUUCCAGAUGAUGAAUAUAACCAUAUCCUCUCCUUUAGGCGCCAAGUCUAUGUCAUUCCGCCAUCCGAAUCUUUCACCUUACAGACUUCCAAACUAAUUAACUUCGAGGAAAACGAACAUCGAAUUUUCUUCUCCACAGACAAAAUGGAAUGUUAUAUAUGCAAGCAAACGGGACACAUAGCUGCAAAUUGUCCAAAUACAAAUUCAACUAGAGACACCGAAAUGCCUCUCACACCAACACCAAUAUCAAGUACAGAAGUGUUUGCCUCUACAUCUCUCCUUACUCCUCAACAAGAGAACCUGCCCGAACCACCUGAAGCAACAGAGACUACCGUCCCAGAAGAAUCAGCGACAGUACUCAGCCUAAAAAGAGUACUUUCUAGCUCAACUGAACAAGAUGAUCCUCCUUCCCCAUUGACUCAUAGCCCAUCAGAAAGUCCUCAGAUGCCUCCACCAGUUGCCCCUGCUAAGAAACCUGCCGCAAAACACACCAAGAAGAAAGCAAAAAAAGAGGACUCCAAAAUGUCUGAUCACUCAAGGCAAACUAUCGAACAAUUAUACAAAAAUGACCCUAGCUCUUUCAAUAUACCCAUACAAAACCUUCUAGCUUUUCUUGAAAAUUCCCAUGGUAGCAACAACCCUUUGAAAGAAGCACAGGAAAUAACAAAUGAUAUCAAACUACUACUUAUAGAUCUCCACAUCAUAUAUCAGUCCUUGUCUGACCGAUCACUUAAAAAUAGAAUUACAAGAAUGACAAAAAAAAUCAGGAAAGAACUGAACAUUCCUGAGCUAGAUAACAAUUACUCAGAAUCCUCCCAAGAACCAACAGAAGAGGAUUGCUACUCAGACAACUCCCAGAUAGCCAGCGGGGGAACCUCCAUUUUCGUCACCGACAACAUCUACUCUAGUAAUAUACUACUCAAAACGAGCUUGGAAGCAGUAGCCAUAUCUGUUUGGAGUCCCUACAAAGUCGCCAUAUGCUCCCUUUACAUCCCACCGGACUAUGACCUAGCCUUGACAGAGCUUAUAGACCUGAUCGAUCAACUUCCUUCUCCAUUCAUUAUCGUAGGAGAUUUUAAUGCACACAAUAAAAUGUGGGGAUCUGAAAAAACGUUUGGCAAAGGCAAGAUAAUUGAAAGCCUUCUCAACAAUUCCUCCAUAUGCUUACUAAACACUGGCAGUAACACUCAUUUCAACCCAUCAACAGGAAGUUUCUCUGCUAUUGAUCUUAGCCUCUGUGACCCCAAUCUAACAUACAGGUUAUCUUGGUGUCCUUUUGACAACCUAUUCGGGAGUGAUCAUUACCCAAUCUUGAUAACUGACAAAAAUGACUCUCAAUCAAGGAAAAUAAUCAAAUGGAACAUCACAAAAGCUGACUGGAACAACUAUAAGGCACACACUGACGAACAUCUUGCAGAACUUCAACUAUCGGAAGACAUUGAUGAAGCCCUUUACCGGGUUAAUCAUUGUAUCGUUUCAGCAGCCGAAAUGUACGUGGGCACAAGCAGCAGCACUAAUAAACGCAGAAGUGUGCCCUGGUGGAACGAUAACUGCCAUAAAACAGUUAGCGACAGCAAAGCGGCCCUCAACAAAUACCGUAGAACCAGAAACGCAGAAGAUCUAAUCAAUUUCAAAAAACUGAGAGCUAUAGCAAGGCGCACCCUCAAAAAGAGCAAAAAAGACUCAUGGCGCAAUUACGUAUCCUCAAUAACCAGCGACACUCCUGCCUCCGAGGUUUGGCGGAAAAUAAAACGGAUGAAUGGCACUAAAAUACAUAACACGAUACCAGCUAUCAUACUUCAAAACACAGUACUGAAUGAUGACCAAGAGAUAGCAAACACACUCGCCGAUCACUUCCAAGAAAGGUUCAAGAACAGCAACGCGACUGAAUACGAUCGUAUGGACCCAAGUCCAACAACUCUAAACCAUGGUGAAGUCGAUGACCACACUUUCCUGAAUCAACCCAUCACCUUCCACGAACUGACAAACGCCCUUAAGAAGUGCAAAAACUCUGCUGCUGGUCCUGACAAUAUUCCCUUCAUUUUUCUGAAGAAACUGUCUGAGAAAGGCCUUGAAAAAUUGCUUGAGCUGUUUAACAAUAUAUGGACUAAUCAAAAAUUCCCAAAACUAUGGCAAAAAUCGAUCAUUCUACCAAUACAUAAGCCCGAUCAACCGCCCGACCGCGCUAACUCAUACAGACCUAUAGCCUUAACCUGCACCAUGUGUAAACUUAUCGAAAAAAUCAUUACCCUAAGACUUCAGUGGUUUCUACAAAAAUAUAAUAUAAUCUCCCCCAACCAAUCAGGUUUCCGCCCUCAUCGCUGCACACUUGACAACCUGGCAUCCCUGCACGAUUACAUUUCAGAAGCUUUCAACAUGAGACAAGAUGUAAUAGCCGCAAUUUUUGAUAUUGAAAGUGCCUUCGACCGUCUAUUCAAACACGUCAUUUUAAAUUGCCUAUCAAAACAUCACUUCAGUGGGAACAUCUACAAAUUCGUGGACAACUUUCUAACAAAUCGUAAAUUUGUGGUGAAUGUUAAUGGAAAAACUUCUGUUGAGAUGCCGCAAGUACAUGGAUUACCACAGGGAUCUGUCCUUAGCCCAAUUCUUUUCAUACUGGCCAUAAACGACAUCUCAAAAUCAAUUAUCUGUCCUGUACAGUUUGGCCUAUACGCGGAUGACCUAAUAAUAUAUUGCCGAGGUAAAAGUACUAAAACCACAUCUUUACAGAUCCAAGCCACAAUAGAUCAACUACAACAAUGGUCAAAUAAUAUCGGACUAAAAUUCUCCACAACCAAAUCAAAAAUUAUCAAGUUCAGCAGAAGAACUACCAGCACAAUAUCCCCACAUAUACUUCUAAAUGGUGUCCCACUUCCAGUUGUCGAAACCCACAAAAUACUCGGUGUGAUAUUUGACAGCAAACUCACAUGGAAAGAGCAUAUCGUGAAUCUCAAAACUAACUGCAUGAGGAAACUCAACAUCUUAAAGACGCUAUCCCACACACAAUGGGACUCAGAAGAAGAAGUACUACUAAGAUUGUACAGAACCCUCAUCAGAUCGAAACUCGACUACGGCAGCAUAAUAUACCUCUCAGCCUCCAAAACCAAUCUUAAAUCACUAGACGCCAUUCACAACACCGGACUCCGACUUUGCUUAGGAGCUUUCAGGUCGAGCCCAGCUGAGAGCAUUUAUAUUGAAGCAAACGAACUCCCCCUCCAACUGAGGAGGCAACAACUACUGCUUACAUACGCAGCACGCGUAUCUGCUGAUGCUCACAACCCUCUAUACCCCCAUCUCUUCUCUUCUGUAUCAACGGUUCAAACUCCUGUGCACAACCACCCACUGGCAUAUACUCUCAAAAGUCUAAUACCCGAUAUUGAUUUUUCAAAUACCUUACCAUACCCAAUCCCCCUGACUCCACCAUGGCAAAAAUCAGUUCCACCUGUUGACACAUCCCUAUCUAAGCUGCCUAAGCAUGUAACACAAAGUCGCCUAAUCCAACAGAAAUUUAUGCAAAAAAUUGAAGAGGGGUCAUACGACAUUGUCUACUUCACUGACGCCUCGAAAAGUGAUGCUGGACUGUUUUGCUCUGUGGCUACUGAGAAUAGUGUUCUACAACAAUACCAACUACCAAACUAUGCAAGUGUUCUUACGGGGGAACUAUAUGCCAUCCUCAAAGCAAUAAAAAACAUAAAUACCAACCACCAUAAUGUUGCUAUAUGCACCGACUCAGCGUCUUCCGUAGAGCUCAUCAAAGACCGACACACUCAGCAUCCUAUCGCCCAAAAUAUCCACGACCACUAUCAACAGCUAAUUAAUACCCAUCACCGCCUGACAAUAAUUUGGACACCUUCACAUGUAGGCAUAGCUGGAAACGAACUCGCCGACAAAGCCGCUAAGAGCGCCUCCAAGCACCUCACCGAAACACCCAACAUCACCACACAAAAAGAUCUACAAGCACUCCUAACGUCCAAAAUUCAGGAAAGAUGGCAACAAGAAUGGGACCGCAAUUCCUCUAAGCUACAUGAUAUCCACCCAAGCGUGAAACCUCUCAAGUUCACCAUAUCAGACAGACGGACCACAGUCAUAAUGAGAAGACUCAGAAUUGGACACACCAGAUACACCCACGGUUACCUUAUGGCUUCAUCUGCGCCCCCGCUAUGUGAACACUGCAACACAGUGCUCACUGUCAAGCACAUCCUAAUGGACUGCUCCUUCCACUCUGCGAACCGAGAAUUACAUGGCCUCCAGGGAAACUUAAGUGCAGACCUCACCAAGCCGGACUUCAGUGUUAACAUAGUGAACUUUCUUGAUAGUCUAUCCAUUGCUCAUUGUAUUUAA